AAUUGUAUUGUACAUAACAUAAUGUUGUUUCUUAUAAGAGGAUGCACAUUUAGUGCUUGUCGUUAUUAUGGGAACAUAAUAAAUAAGGUCAAACCAUCUCCAUUGUGCCCGUUGUUACUUAACCUCAAUAAAAAAGAUCCAUCUAUUUGUAAAUUCUUUAGUGCAGAAAAAUAUUCAAUUACUCUCGAUGAAAAUAUUAAAAAAUACUUGAAUCGCCUUACGGAUGUGUAUCAAAAUAAUGAGAAACAAAUGAAUGAAAGCAUUAACGAGAUUCUUAAAUUAGAAACAAUACCAGAAUUAUUGGACAAAAAAAUUAAAAUAAUAGAAAAUAUCAAGAGUUUAACUAAUCUUGCUAGUAACGACGAAGAAAUGAAGAAACUUGUGAAAGAAGAACAGUUAAUGUAUCAACAAGAAUUGGUGGAAGUUGAUAAACAUAUAUUAGAUGUAAUUUUACAAACUCUAGGCAAGGAAUAUUUUGACCAAAUUAUUAUGGAGAUAGUGGCGGGUGCAGGAGGUCAAGAAGCUAUGUUGUUUGCUAAGGAUUUAUUUAAUAUGUAUAUAAAUUAUUUAAAUUAUUUAGAAUAUGAAUAUGAAGUAUUAGAAAUGUCGGUUAGUCCUAUUAGCGGAUUGAGAAAAGGUGUGAUAUUAAUAUCAGAUAGCAGAGCUUUCGAGAAAUUGAAAUACGAAGGUGGUAUCCAUAGAGUACAAAGAGUUCCAGUGACAGAAAAAAGUGGUCGAAUGCAUACCAGUACAGUUUUCGUAACAAUCUUUCCAGAACCUAGGGAUGUAGAUAUUAAAUUAGAAGAAAAAGAUCUAAAAAUAGAAUCCAAAAGAGCAUCUGGAGCCGGAGGCCAACAUGUGAAUACUACAGAUUCUGCUAUUAGGAUAACUCACUUACCAACAGGUAUAUCUGUUACUAACCAAACAGAUAGAUCCCAAUUAAAAAACAAAAAGGUAGCAUUAAUGAAGUUGAAAAGUAUAUUAUAUCAAAUUGAAAUGGACAAGCAAGUAUCGUUCAUUACUGCACUACGUAAAAAGCAAAUGACGAAACUGGAGAAGAUCAGAACGUAUAAUUUUAAUCAAGAUCGCAUAACUGAUCAUAGAAUACUGGAUGGUACGAUGCAUAAUUUAAAAGGCUUUCUGAAGGACGGACUGCCUCUGGUGGAACUACAGGAUAGACUCUACAAAGAUAUGCAGCACGAGACUUUGUUGGAGAUUUUAAAGAGUUUGGAGAGUGAAUUGAAAUAACACUGAUUCUUUCAACAUUUGCCAUUUUGAUAAGAAACGAUUUUUCAUUUACAUAGGCAAGCCAUUGUACAUAGGAAAUUGUAAUAAACUCUAUGUAAUACAAGUAA